CAUGACCUAACAUUAAUGCAUGGUGGAGUCAACUUCAAUUAAUUCAUAGUGACAAUUAAGGUUUAGAAAUGCAAUUGUAAAUUACUUCUUGCAUAUGUCAAAUUAAUUAAAAGACUCACAAGUCAUAAGAAAAGACACUAAUAAGAGAAGGGUAUAUUAGUCCAAAGGGGCAAUUCACCAACCACGAACUGCCACGUGGCAAAUGCUUGAUAGGAGUGGGGGAAAGAAAACAUUAAAAAAACAGCAAAGCGGGCAGUUGCAGAGGCAAAUGUGUUGGGGGAGAAGUCGCCUUCCACUUUCAUCUGACAUUCCACCUCUGCAGCAAAGCUUUUUAUUAGACCACCACAUUUAAUUUAAUACCCAUUUUACCCCCAUCUUUCUACCCAAUUUCCCACCGCUUGUCCCCCCCCUCCUCUUUAAUUCUCUCGUCGCCAGAAAUUCUAUAUACAACACCACCCACUCUUUAAAACCCACCAAAAAGACCAUCUUUUUUUCCACUUCUCUCUCUCUCUCUCUCUCUCUCUCUCUCUCUCUCUCACAUGGGUUCUUGCUAAAAAGCAGGUGAAUCGAUUGUGUUGUGAGAGAUUCCUUUUUUUCGAUUCUGUCUGUUUGUUGCAAUGCCUGGAAUUGUUAAGGAUGGUGUUCAUGAAGAUGGGGCGGACGAAAAUUCGAUGUCCAAUAAAGAAGCUUCGAUUUCGAACGGUGGAUUGACUCCACAGCAUCCUCAAAAUGGCAAUAUCGAAGUGGCGGCGGGGGUGGAUACCUCCAUUGACCAGCUUUACGAAAACGUCUGUGAAAUGCAGAGCUCCGAUCAGUCUCCGUCGAGGCACAGCCUCGGAUCCGACGGUGAGGAAUCGAGGAUCGAUUCCGAGUUGAGGCAUCUCGUCGGUGGAGAGAUGAAAGAGGUCGAAAUAAUCGAAGAAGACGAAGAGCUGCAUAAGCCAAUCAGCAGCGACUACCACAGCGAUUCCAAUUCGAAAAAAGAAAGUCCGUCCACCGGAAAAAAAUCCAAGAAAGUGCCCGCAAAAUCGAGCCCGAAUUCAAAGAGCAAAAGCCCAGCAAAACCGCCAAUCGACAACAAACGGGUCGAGAAGAGCGUGAAGAAAACUCCUACUCGAGGUGUUGUUCAGUCGGAAUCGGGAUUGGACAAUCCCGAUCUCGGCCCGUUUCUGCUAAAGCAAGCGAGGGAUUUGAUGUCGUCGGGCGAUAAUUCAAGAAAGGCCCUCGAUUUAGCUGCGCGUGCAGCUAAGUCGUUCGAGAAGUGCUCUAACGGGAAGCCCAGUUUGGAUUUAGUCAUGUCUUUACAUGUCACCGCUGCAAUACACUGCAGCUUAGGAAAUUACGUAGAUGCCAUUCCCAUUUUGGAGCAUUCGAUCGAGAUUCCGGUUAUCGAGGAAGGGCAAGACCACGCACUUGCCAAAUUUGCAGGUUACAUGCAAUUGGGCGACACUUAUUCAAUGUUGGGCCAGCUCGAAAAUUCGAUUUCUUGCUACACAACCGGUUUGGAAGUACAAAAACGGGUUCUUGGAGAAAACGAUCCUAGAGUGGGGGAGACUUGUCGAUACUUGUCCGAAGCUCAUAUUCAAGCCAUGCAGUUCGACGAAGCUCAGAAGCUCUGCCAGCUGGCGCUCGAUAUUCACCGAGAGAAUAAUGCCCCUGCUUCUAUUGAGGAAGCGGCGGAUCGAAGGCUCAUGGGAAUGAUAUGCGAGUCGAAGGGGGACCACGAAACCGCCCUCGAGCAUCUUGUCCUUGCCAGCAUGGCGAUGGUGGCAAACGGGCAGGAAGCUGAUGUGGCGGCCAUCGACUCGAGCAUCGGAGAUACCUAUCUGUCUCUAAAUAGGUACGACGAAGCGAUUUUCGCGUAUCAGAAAGCGCUCACGUCGCUGAAAUCCACAAAGGGGGAGAAUCAUCCAGCUGUCGCUUCAGUAUUCGUUCGUUUGGCUGAUUUGUACAACAAGACUGGAAAGUUUCGGGAUUCAAGAUCUUACUGCGAGAACGCGCUACGAAUUUACGAAAAACCCAUACCUGGAAUCGCUCCCGAGGAAAUCGCCAGUGGCUUAACCGAUAUUUCGGCUAUUUACGAGUCGAUGGAUGAGGUGGACCAGGCUUUGAAGCUUCUCCAAAAGGCGUUGAAGAUAUACAGCGAUGUGCCAGGUCAGCAGAACACGAUCGCGGGUAUCGAGGCUCAGAUGGGAGUUAUGUAUUAUAUGUUGGGGAAUUAUUCGGAGUCUUAUUCUUCGUUCAGAAGCGCUACUACUAAGCUCCGUGCUAGUGGGGAGAAAAAAUCGGCUUUUUUCGGGAUUGCGUUGAAUCAAAUGGGGUUAGCUUGUGUGCAAAGAUACGCGAUUAACGAGGCUGUAGGAUUGUUCGAAGAGGCGAGGGUAAUCUUGGAGCAAGAAUGUGGACCCUACCAUCCCGAUACACUCGGAGUUUAUAGUAAUCUUGCUGGAACAUACGAUGCUGUUGGCAGAUUGGAUGAUGCAAUAGAGAUUCUUGAAUUCAUAGUCGGAAUGAGAGAGGAGAAGCUCGGGACAGCAAAUCCUGACGUGGAUGACGAGAAGAAGAGGCUGGCGGAGCUACUAAAGGAGGCGGGCCGUGUUCGGAGUAGGAAAAACCGAUCGUUGGAAAACCUACUCGAUUCGAACCAAACUGCAAAUACAUCAUCAUUAAACAAUGGUGGCAUCAAAGUGUGACAACAAAGAUGAAAGCUGUACAGAGUGACCUUUCUUUUAUUACAGAGAGUUUUUAAGACAUAUUUAUACUGUUUUUUAAUAAAAAAGAAAACAAAAAAAAAGGGUAUACUUGUGAUUGAGUUUGCUGUUUUUCAGAUUCUUGUUUUGUUGAGGUUUUCUGAUUAUUAUUAUUAUUGUUGUAGUGGUUGUCACUUGUACUUGUUAAUUUAUUUUUUUGUUAUGGUUUUUUGGUGUACAAUUUAAUCAUUUGUAUAUUGUUAAUAUUAUGGGAUUAAUUGUUUUUUUUUUCUC